UGGGCAAGUGUAAGGAUUUUAGCGAGUUUGACAAGGGCCAAAUUGUGAUGGCUAGACGACUGGAUCAGAGCAUCUCCAAAACUGCAGCUCUUGUGGGGUGUUCCUGGUCUCCAGUGGUCAGUAUCUAUCAAAAGUGGUCCAAGGAAGGAACAGUGGUGAACCACAAACAUGGUCAUAGGCGGCCAAGGCUCAUUGAUGCAUGUGGGGAGUGAAGUCCCGUGUGAUCCGAUACAACAGACAAGCUACUGUUGCUCAAACUGCUGAAGAAGUUAAUGCUGGUUAUGAUAGAAAAUACAUAAUGUAUGAUGGUUAAGGGGACCAACACAAUAUUAGCCAGGUGGUCAUAAUGUUACGCCUGAUCGGUGUAUAAUAUUGCAUAAUUCUUGAUUAUGUCUUCUGUGUGUUCUAGGGACCAGAAUCUUAUUUGUGUGCUUUAUAAAAUGUGAUUGCACUUUUUUAGUCUUAUUUUAUAGGUUUUUUUCUGUACAGGCCUUUCCUGAAAAGCACGUAAAUUAAAUUGAUUUCAAUUAUUUAAAAAAUGAGAUUAUACCUAUUGUACACAGCUAGUUAUAUGUGAAUGUAACAGCUAAACAGCAACAUUGUAUAUGAAACAAGAUGUGACUGUAAGCAGGUCUUCUGAGCAUGACAGCCAACAGAUGCCAUGUGACCAUAACUUCAUUUAAUAAAGGAUACUAAGACCGAUCAGUGUGAGCUGAUCCUAUCAUACUGAUGACGUCUAUUACAAAAGUAUUUCUGAGAAAAUUUCCCCAUUUUUCAUCUUCGUCAUGCUCAGUAUACAUGAUGGAGGACGCAAAGCAAAAGCCUAAAGUUCCUCAGUGCAAUUCUCCUCCCACUGUGCUGUUUAGCAGAAGAAACUAAAGCAACUAAGCAAUUACUCAGAAAGAUGAGGGAUUACAACCUAAGGUUCAUCUCCUGAAAAUGAGCUCAAGGCUGAUUAGAAGGGUUUAGCAUGACGUAGAGCAACUCAUUGCUUCAAUCACUUGAUGCCUCAGAUGGUCACCUCUUUUUUCCGGAAAGGGAACUGUUACAUUUUCGUCAAAUUUGCACAAAAUUUGGUCCAUGGUAGAGAUCUCUACUUGCCAACACUAUGGGCCUCCAUAAUCUCCGGGUGGUCAGAAUGAUGAAGAAGAGAGGAUUUACUGACAUGGCAUCUGCAGUAGCACCAUUCUGGAAUGGAAUACACAAUUAAGCUGGUGAAGAAAAAUUUUUAUACACUUUUGACAAGUAAUCUUCCACCAAAAGACUGAACAUUUGGCAGAUAACGAAUCAAAGAACACAACAUGGCUCUGAUGGUUAUAAAAUUUGACUUGGCCAAGCGGAUCAAACUGGCCCAGGGACUGUGGCUGUUGUACUGGCUUGCAGUUAUGGGUGGAAUCCUCAUCUUCAGCAUGGGGCUUUUCUUCAAGAUUGAACUCCGCAAAAGGAGUGAGAUGAUGGACAAUAAUGAGAGUCAUUUUGUACCCAACUUGCUCAUCCUGAUAGGCCUGUCUGCUUGCGGCAUCAAUGCUUUUGGUGGUAAAGUGUGCCAUGAUUCACUUGAUUCAGCCAAGUUUUCCAAAUGGAAGCCCAUGGUGAAGAAUUACUUGUGUGGAUGCUUUGUUUUCUCCAUCAUCCUGUUCAUCAUGGCACUGCUUUGUUUCCUGGUGCAGAUCUCUCUUCAUUUUGCCCUAGCUGAAGGUCUUAAAAAUGGAAUGAAAUACUACAAAGACACAGACACCCCGGGACGAUGCUUCAUGAAGAGGACGCUGGACAUGACCCAGAUUGAGUUCCAUUGCUGUGGCAACAACAAUUUUAGAGACUGGUUUGAGAUCCAGUGGGUUAGCAACCGCUACCUGGACUUCAGCAAUGAUGAGGUCAAAGAUCGUAUCACAAGCAACGUUGAAGGUAAAUACCUUAUGGACAGCGUUCCCUUUAGUUGCUGUAACCCUGGCUCUCCCCGACCCUGCAUCCAGCACCAUCUGACCAAUAAUUCAGCUCACUAUGACUAUGACCAUCACACUGAAGAACUAAACAUCUGGACUCGAGGCUGCCGUGAAGCCCUGGUGUCCUACUAUGGGGGGAUGAUGAACAGCAUUGGGGCACUAGUGCUGCUAGUCAUGGUCUUGCAGGCUGCAGAUAUGGUGGGACUGAAGUACUUGACAACAUCUCUGGAGACCCUGACAAACCCAGAGAACCCAGAGAGUGAGAGUGAAGGUUGGCUGCUGGAAAAGAGUGUGAAAGAGACUGUGGCUGAUGUCCUGCAGAAGAUAAAAUCACUUGGCAAAAAGAACCAGGUGGAGGGGGCUGAGGCUGAUGCCAGCGCCGGUGCCAGCUGAACAGCUCAGACACCCAGCUAGGAGGACUAAAACCAUCCUAUAAGGAGCAUCAAAGAUAUCCUUGUUUGUGGAAAACAACCAGAAGUGAAGAAAAAGAACAGAUCCUUAAUGAACCUUUAAAUGUGGU